AUGGCGCUCGCAGGUGAUCGGUUCCCCUCCCCCUCCCUCUCGUCGGCCACUGGGACGGAGCAGAGCAGAUGCAAGGUACGGGGCCAAAAAAAGAAGUCGGGAGAGAAGGAGGGUGCUGAGGGCGAGAGCUUGGUUGGCCAAGCAGAAAAUCACGGCGCAACGCCCAUCAUCGAUCACCUUGCAGCCGCGCACCCACUCCGCGACUCUGCGCGCUCGAGAUCUGCCUGCUCUGUCGGCCCAACCAUGGGACAGACUACCGGAUUCGGAUGGGGGGCCGAAAAGCGCGACAGAUGUGAUUCCAGAGCGGCGUUUCGCGUCUGCCCGCAGCGCUGCUUUGAUGGCACAGGCCGAGACGAAGGCGAUCCCCAUCUAGGCACAGCCGGCGAACGAAACAAGCGGUCCCAUCUCUUGGUGUGCCCGCAGUGCCUCGAAGAGAAGCAGGAGCGUUUCCACAGCUGCUUCCAAUAA